CAAUCAUUCUACAGCAUGUCUCAGGGAGAAGUGGCCCGCGGUGGUUGGUCUAAUCAGGUAGAGUUCUUCCUGUCCUGUGUAGGGUACGCGGUAGGACUCGGCAAUGUAUGGAGGUUUCCCUAUCUCUGUUACAGAAAUGGUGGAGGGGCGUUUCUUAUUCCCUAUAUCCUAUCGCUCGCCCUGAUUGGCCUUCCGGCUUUCUUCAUGGAACUGGCUUUUGGUCAAUUUGCUUCUCUUGGUCCCAUUACAAUAUGGAGAGUGUGUCCUCUAUUUAAAGGUAUUGGUUUUGCUUCCAUUAUCAUUUCUGCCAUGGUGUCCAUCAGUUAUAACGUGGUCAUUGCAUACGCCAUGUACUUUUUGAUCGUAUCCCUCGUAAACAUGGACACUAAUGUCCCCUGGGCUACGUGUGGUAAUGACUGGAACACAAUCUUCUGCAGAACAGAGACUCUGAAAGUCAGUCCGGGCAUGAACGAAUCCGAGAAGAUAAACGUCACUUUAGGUAAUUUGAAUAAGACUUGUGUCGAUAAAGAACUUAAUGGGUUAGGGAUGAAACGAGAGGAUCUGACUUAUAAUUUCACCUCAAUGAACCUCACGGCAUGCAGCAUUAAAGACAUGAUCAGAACACCUAGUGAUGAAUUUUUCAGUAAUUUUGUCCUGGGUUUGGACCAGACUGAUGGAAUUGGUGGGAUAGGAGAUUUAAGUCCUAAACUUGUGGCAGUUCUCCUGUUAGCCUGGCUUAUUGUUUUCUUCUCGUUGAAGAAAGGUGUGAAAUCCUCAGGAAAGGUGAUAUAUUUCACAGCUACAUUUCCUUAUGUCGUAUUAAUCAUUCUCCUGGUUCGUGGGGUGACAUUAGAAGGGUUCGAGAAGGGCCUAGAAUUCUAUCUCGUUCCAAAGUUUGACAAGUUGACCGACCCAAGGGUGUGGACUGAUGCCGCCUCCCAGAUUUUUUACUCCCUUGGACCAGCUUUUGGCAGUCUCAUCACCAUGUCCAGCUAUAACCCCUUCAAAAACAACUGCUAUAGAGACUCCAUUUUGGUUGCCAUUAUCAACUGUGGGACCAGUGUUUUCGCCGGACUUGCCAUUUUCUCCGUUCUUGGGUUUAUGUCCGUAGUCACCAAUAGACCAGUGCAAGAAGUUGCUGCAGAUGGACCUGGUCUGGUGUUCAUAGCGUAUCCAGAGGCGAUAGCCAGGAUGCCGUACCCUCCUAUCUGGGCCUUCCUGUUCUUCUUCAUGCUGAUAUUACUGGGACUCUCCAGCAUGUUCGCCAUGGUGGAAGCCAUCAUUUCGGCCUUAGCAGACGAGUAUCCCAGAACUCUCCGCAGACAUAAAAGUGUCCUCACAUUUGUCGUCUGCCUUGCGUUAUUUAUUGCGGGACUUGCUUUAGUAACAAAUGGUGGCAUUUAUGUCCUGACGCUGAUGGAUGCUUACUCCGGAAGUUAUUCCCUGUUGUUUGUCUGUUUCUCCGAGUUAGUAGCAAUAUCUUGGGUUUAUGGCUGGCGUAGAUUUUCAGAAGACAUUGAGUUGAUGCUGGGUUUUAAACCCAAUAUUUACUGGAUAGCUACAUGGACAGUAAUAGCCCCCGUGUUUAUUGUGGCCAUCUUGAUAGCAAGUGCAAUUCGAUUCUCUCCUUCACAUUACGAAGACUAUCAGUUUGAACAGUGGGCUCAGAACUGUGGGUGGGGUCUCGUGGCGCUACCCCUAGUAUUCUUAUUCGGCAUCGCAGCCAUUCAACUGAUCCGAUAUCGGGGUUUCAGGAACGCUACUACACCUCACGAUAACUGGGGACCGGCGCUUGAGGAAAAUAAAAAAGGAAAAUACGCAGCUGGUCACACAAACAAAGGAUUCGAGGAAGACGAGAAGACAGAAAAAUCUGAAAAUGGAAUAGAAAUGAAGAAAAACGGCAUCAAUCAUGACUCUGUCACAGUGCAAUUUUAAUACAUGAUGAGCUUCAAAGAUAAUAUGACUGUAUAUACAAAAUGAUAUUUCACUAUGCGAGAUUUAAUUUGAUAUACUUUAUAUGUCAUAAUAUUCUAAUAUAUGAAUAAACUAUUCAAUAUUGUGAUCAUUACUGAUUGAAUGCGAACAUUUUACUUUUAGAUUUCGGAACAUGUAAUAUUGAUUGUUAUAUUUUAUUAAAUUUUAUUUCUGUGA